AUGAACCAAACUGACUACCCCAUACUACUGGCUGUGCUACUGGGUCACACAAAAUCACUUGACGGUGAACGACGCGAUGACCGACGGCGAUAA